AUGACGGGCUUUUUACUUCUGAACUCCAGUGGGGUUCCGGACUGGGCCAUAGCAGAUGGUAAGGUUCUGGUGGAAGAGGCGUGUAUCAGGAGUAGAUGGCAGGAGUAUUUCUAUAGACUCUUGAACGAGGGAGAGGACACAAAUAUCGUGCUAGGUGAGCUAGAGAACUCAGGGAGUUCGAGGGAUUUUGGAUAUUGUAGGCGUAUUAGGAACAAGGAGGUUGAAAGGGCGGGCAAUGCAGAAGAUGAGCAGGGGACGAAGAAGAUGCCUGAAGAUUGGCGGUGGAGUUUGAUGAUCUCAUUGUAUAAAAACAAAGGUGAUAUACAGGACUGUAAUAACUAUAGAGGUAUCAAGCUGCUGAGUCAUACCAUGAAAGGACAGUCUACUACAGAAGUCAUUCACCUUGUGAGGAGAUUGGUGGAGCAGUAUAGGGAGAGGAAGAAGUACUUGCAUAUGAUAUUCAUUGACCUAGAGAAGGUCUACGCUAAAGUCCCGAGAGAGAUCCUAUGGAGAUUUAUGGAGGCUAGCGAUCGGGUGGCGUAUAUUAGAGUGAUUAAGGACAUGUACGAGGGAGCAAAGACUCGGGUGAGGACUGGGAGAGGAGAUUCUGAUCAUUUUCCAGUGGAGAUAGGGCUGCACUUGGGAUCAGCUCUUAGCCCAUUUUUGUUUACCUUAACGUUAAAUAUGCUAGAGUCUAAAGGUUUCAAGUUGAGUAUGUCAAAAACUAAGUACUUGGAGUGCAAGUUUAGUGAUGAGUUGUAUGAAGAAGGAGUGGAAGUGAAGAUUAGUACUCAAGUCAUCCCCAAAAGAGAUAGUUUCAAUUAUCUUGGGGCCAUUAUUCAAGGUAAUUGGGAGAUUGACGAGGAUGUUACUCAUCGUAUUGGAGCAGGGUAG